AUGGCGGCACAGGCUAGCGCAGUUGUCUCAGCCCAGUGGCUAGCGGACGCAAUCCGAAAGGGCCUUGUAGGCUCAAAGAUUCGCCUUCUCGAUUCGUCAUGGUACCUCCCGAUAACAAAACGGGACCCGAAAGCAGAGUUCGCGGAGAAGCACAUCCCGGGAGCUUCGUUCUUCGACAUAGACGAGUGCAGCGACCAAAGUUCACCGUAUGAUCAUAUGUUGCCUACGAGCAGCCACUUUUCACGCUACGUGGGCGAGCUGGGCAUCGGCAACGACACGCAUGUGGUUGUGUACGACACGAACGGCUUCGGCUCGUACAGCGCCCCACGCGUCUGGUGGAUGUUCCGACUGUUCGGUCACAACUCGGUGUCGGUGCUGGACGGGGGUAUGAAGAACUGGUUGGCGGAAGGGCGACCGGUGACGUCAGAACAGGUGAAGCCGGAGUGCGAAGACUUUAAGGUGACUACGAACCCUGCGUGGGUCAAGACUUAUGAGGACGUGCUGGAGAACAUCAGCACCAAGAAGAUACAGGUGGUGGAUGCAAGAUCUGCGGGCAGGUACAGGGGGAUCGAACCGGAGCCUAGAGAGGGUACCCUACCGGGCCACUUCCCCGGUGCGAUCAAUAUGCCGUUCACUUCUUUCCUGGACUCCUCCGGAAAGUAUCUGGCCAAUGAGGACCUGUCCAGACUGUUCAAGAAAGCCGAGGUAAAACUGGACCAGCCAUUGUGGGCCACCUGCGGUUCUGGUGUGACGGCGUGCCUCGUGGUUCUGGCCGCUCACCUGCUCGGGCACCCGGGCGUGUGCGUUUACGACGGCUCCUGGGCUGAGUGGUUUAAAAGAGCAUCUCCUGAAAAUGUCAUCUCAGAGGGAGAAGGAAAGAAGAUGUGAUAGGGAGUAUUAGUUGGACAUUCAUGAACCACAGCACUAUGUAAAGAUUUUUUUUUUUUUUCAAACAUAAAAAAAUCUUCUUUUUUUCCCCUCUAGUGACCUUUUUUUCUUUUGGUUCAAAAUCAAAGUGCACUUUUUGAUUCGAGAGGUGGCAAAUCAUUCAUAAAAUGCAUUCUUUCACUUUUAUAUGAUUCCAUCUCGAUUUCAGCAUGCUCAUGGGUCAUCCUCAUUAUUCAUGAACCGAAAAAGUAGGAUAAAUAAUCAUCUUUUUAAUGGGAGAUUUGAUCUGAUUGCAGAUUGUAUUACACUUUAUUAAAGACAACUUGAAAUUG